UCAGCGCUUCAGUUCCGACCGGCUCGUAAACAUCAGCGCACCCGGAAAACGAGCAGCGUGGACAGUCAGCCCAACGGUGGCUAACAACUUUAUCAUAAAACUGUGCUUAAUGUCACACUUCCAACAUGGAUAACACGACAGAAGGCAGGUGGGACAGUUUACCUGUUAAACUCAACGACGCAAUUUUACAAACGCUCGACGAACUGAAGUUCACGCACAUGACACCUGUACAGGCUGCAUGUAUUCCGCUGUUCAUGAGUAACAAAGAUGUGGCUGCUGAGGCGGUGACUGGGAGCGGAAAGACGCUUGCUUUUGUUAUUCCUAUUGUAGAGCUGCUCCUGAAGAGAGAGGAAAAGCUGAAGAAGAUGCAGGUUGGUGCCCUGGUGGUCACGCCCACGAGGGAACUGGCUCUUCAGAUCAGCGAAGUGAUGGCGCACUUCAUUCAGAAAUUUCCACAGUUUACGCAGAUUUUGCUGAUUGGUGGCACCAACCCAAUAGAUGAUGUGGAGAAGUUCAAAGAUCAGGGCGCAAACAUUGUGAUUGCGACACCGGGCCGCCUGGAGGAUAUGUUCAGGAGGAAGGCAGACGGUCUGGACCUGGCCGGCUCCGUCAGGAGUCUGGAUGUGCUGGUUCUCGAUGAGGCCGACAGACUCCUGGACAUGGGUUUCGAGACCAGUCUGAAUACCAUUUUAGGCUACCUGCCUAAGCAGAGGCGCACCGGCUUGUUUUCGGCCACUCAGACUCAGGAGCUGGAGAAGCUGGUGAGGGCCGGCCUCAGGAACCCAGUACGCAUCACUGUCAAAGAGAAGGGCGUGGCAGCCAGCGCCAGCCAGAAAACGCCCUCCAGACUCUCCAACUACUACACCAUAUGCAGAUCAGAAGACAAGUUCAACAACCUGGUGGCGUUUCUAAGGCAACACAAGCACGAGAAGAAUUUGGUCUUCUUCAGUACGUGUGCGUGCGUGGAGUACUACGGGCGAGCUCUGGAGACUCUGGUCAAGAAGGUCACGGUCCACUGCAUCCACGGCAAGAUGAAGAACAAACGCAACAAGAUCUUUGCAGACUUUCGAGCCCUGAAAAGUGGCAUCUUGGUGUGUACGGAUGUGAUGGCCAGAGGUAUCGAUAUCCCCGAUGUUAACUGGGUGCUGCAGUAUGAUCCUCCCAGCAGUGCCAGUGCGUUUGUACAUCGAUGUGGACGUACAGCACGUAUCGGCAAUCAGGGCAAUGCCCUCGUCUUCCUGCUGCCAAUGGAGGAGUCCUAUGUCAAAUUUUUGUCCAUCAACCAGAAAUGCCCGCUGCAGAAGAUGCUCCUCACAGGUGAUGUUGUGGAUGUGCUGCCCAAAGUGAAGGCCAUGGCUCUGGCCGACCGAGCCAUGUUCGACAGAGGCAUGAGAGCCUUCGUCUCGUUUGUCCAGGCCUACGCCAAACACGAAUGCAGUCUCAUCUUCAGGAUCAAAGAUGUGGACUUUGCCGCCUUGGCCCGCGGCUUCGCCCUCCUCCGCCUGCCGAAGAUGCCCGAGCUGAGGGGGAAACAUUUUCCAGAUUUCCCCGCGACGACGGUAGACACCGAGACCAUCCGCUACAAGGACAAGCACCGGGAGAAGCAGAGGCAGAAGAUGCUCGCUGAGCUGAGAGAGAAAGACGACACCCCCUUUCAAAAAAAGAACUUCAUCAAGAAUAAGGCCUGGUCGAAACAGAAGACCAGGAAGGAACGCAAGAAAAAGAGAUCGGCCAAGAGGAAGCACAAUGAGGGCUCUGACGUGGACGACGAAGACAUGGCGGAGCUUUUAAAUGACACUCGCAUCCUCAAGAAACUAAAGAAAGGGCAAAUCAGCGAGGAGGACUUUGAGAAACAGAUAACAAGUGGAACGAAGUCCAAACACAAAACGGAAGAACCGUCGCUCCUCGACGGCUCCGGGGAUGAGGAUGUGUGAUCGGCUGUAUUCAACUUGUAGAAAGCAGAAUUUAAUUAAACAUUUGACCUUUUGUUUACCUUU